AGCCUACAGAUGCAUAUAUAAAAUCUCGUAGCCGCCAAGAAAAACCCUAACCCUAGCAUUUUGAUCUCCAGCGAGCUCGAGCAAUGGAGGCGGCCAGGACUGUGAAAGACCUCUCACCUCAUGAUUUCGUGGCCGCGUAUUCCGCCCAUCUCAAGAGAUCUGGAAAGAUGGAACUACCUCAAUGGACGGAUAUUGUGAAAACUGGGAGGUUUAAGGAGCUUGCUCCUUAUGACCCUGACUGGUACUAUAUUAGAGCUGCUUCAAUGGCUAGAAAAAUCUACAUAAGGCAAGGUAUUGGGGUUGGCGGCUUUCAGAAAAUCUAUGGAGGUCGCAAGAGGAAUGGAAGCAGGCCUCCUCACUUCUGCAAAAGUAGUGGUGCUAUAGCUCGCAACAUCUUGCAACAGUUGCAGGCUAUGAAUAUCAUUGAAGUUGAUCCAAGCGGAGGGAGGAAAAUUACUUCCCAGGGACGGCGCGAUCUUGAUCAAGUUGCUGGUCGGAUUUUGGUUGCACCAUGAGCUUCGACAGUUCCUGAUAUUAGUCCUUUUGAGAAGAGAUCUAUUGUUAGUUUAAGAGAGGUGUUUUUUGGCACUAAGGGUCUUUUCUGUUUUUCAAAUGUAGCUCUCUGCUUGAAAUUUUAAUGUUACUCUGUGAAAACUAUGUUUGCUUGUUAUAUCAUUUGGAACUCCGCUUAUAGCUUCAAUAUUUGCAAUGACAUGUGUUAUCUUGGCCUCAGUGGGUAUGUUUAA